CCCCAGUGUCCCUUUUUGGCCACCACCAUCGCUCUCCCCUCAUCACCCACUCUCUCUAUUUAUUUGCAGUUACUCUCAUUUGUGUGCUUUCAUCUACGCUUAAAAGAAUACAUCUUUAUAGUGCGGUUUGUGGUGUGGGGUACUGGGGUUGGGCUUUUCCAGUUUUAAUCGAGUGAUUUUCGAGCUUCAAGUCGACACAAUGGUGAGAAAGAGGCGUACUGAUCUUCCUGGCACUGGGGGCGAGAGCUCAGAAUCCCAGGAGACCACCGGCGCAGGACGAGGUGGGCCCCAGCGCCCACCAGCCCAGCAUCAGCUUCCGCAGGCCCAACAGGCCCAUCAGCCGCAAGGAGGAGGGAGAGGCUGGGCCGGGCCACACCGUGGAGGAUAUGGUGGCCGUGGUGGUGGAGGUGGCCGAGGGCCCGCACAGCAGCCGUACUAUGGUGGGCCCCACGACUACAACCAGCAGGGGCCGCAAGACCAAGUUCAGGGUCGUGGUAGGGGUAGGGGUGGCCCGCACUACCAGCAAAGGGGCCCACCGGGCCGCGGUGCCUAUUCCGGCGGUCGAGAGAGUUCCUCCAGUGGUGGGCAGUCUAGGCCGCCAGCUCCCGAGCUGUACCAAGCUACAAAGUCUCCAUAUCAAUCCACGUCGAGUCAGCCUGGUGGGCCGGGCUCCUCUUCUUCAUCACCCUUUUCAAUGGCAUCAUCACCACCAGAGCCGACCCAAGUGGAGGUGGCUGAGCAAAUGCAGCAGCUUUCGGUGCAGGAAGUGGGCCCAACCCAAGAAAUUCCACCUGCUUCGAGCAAGUCGAUGAGAUUUCCCUUAAGGCCUGGCAAGGGAAGCUUUGGCAUCAGGUGCAUUGUGAAAGCCAACCACUUUUUCGCCGAGCUGCCUGACAAGGACUUGCAUCAAUAUGAUGUGACAAUUACCCCUGAAGUCACGUCACGUGGAGUUAAUCGUGCUGUGAUGGAACAACUUGUGAAGCUGUACAAGGAGUCUCAUCUGGGAAAGAGGCUGCCCGCGUAUGAUGGGAGAAAGAGUCUCUACACUGCGGGUCCCCUGCCGUUUGUAUCUAAGGAGUUCAGAAUAACCCUUCUUGAUGAAGAUGAUGGAGCAGGCGGGCCCAGGCGUGAGAGGGAAUUCAAGGUGGUCAUCAAGUUUGCUGCACGUGCUGACUUGCACCAUCUAGGCAUGUUUUUACAGGGAAGGCAAGCUGAUGCACCACAAGAGGCUCUUCAAGUUUUGGACAUUGUUCUGCGUGAACUUCCCACUUCUAGGUAUUGUCCAGUAGGCCGUUCUUUCUAUUCCCCCGAUUUAGGAAGGAGGCAGCCUCUUGGGGAAGGGCUCGAAAGCUGGCGUGGUUUCUAUCAGAGUAUCCGACCCACUCAGAUGGGGUUGUCACUAAAUAUAGAUAUGUCGUCCACUGCUUUCAUUGAGCCGCUCCCAGUGAUAGAUUUUGUGUGCCAACUUCUGAAUAGAGAUGUUUCAGCCAGACCAUUAUCUGAUUCUGACCGUGUUAAGAUCAAAAAAGCACUUCGAGGAGUAAAGGUUGAGGUGACUCAUCGAGGGAACAUGCGAAGGAAAUACAGAAUCUCUGGUUUAACUUCACAAGCAACACGUGAGCUAACAUUCCCGGUUGACGAGAGAGGCACAAUGAAAUCUGUGGUUGAAUAUUUUCAAGAAACCUAUGGUUUUGUUAUUCAACAGACCCAAUGGCCUUGCCUGCAAGUUGGAAAUACUCAGCGACCAAACUAUUUGCCUAUGGAGGUGUGCAAGAUAGUUGAGGGCCAGAGGUACUCCAAGCGGUUAAAUGAGAGACAAAUUACUGCACUUCUCAAAGUCACUUGCCAGCGUCCUCAGGAAAGAGAGUAUGAUAUACUCCAGACUGUACGCCACAAUGCAUAUGCUCAGGACCCUUUUGCUAAGGAGUUCGGCAUCAAAAUUAGUGACAAGUUGGCGCAGGUUGAAGCUCGUGUGUUGCCUCCACCUCGGCUGAAAUAUCAUGAUUCGGGUCGGGAGAAGGACUGUCUUCCUCAGGUUGGGCAGUGGAAUAUGAUGAACAAGAGAAUGGUUAAUGGUGGGAUUGUGGGCAGCUGGAUCUGUAUUAAUUUUGCCCGUAAUGUUCAAGACAAUGUUGCACGUAGUUUCUGUCACGAGCUUGCUCAAAUGUGCAUUACGUCUGGCAUGGAUUUCAAUCCCGAGCCUGUAUUACAAGUUCUGACUGGCCGCCCAGAUCAGGUUGAAAGGGUCCUUAAAGCUCGGUUCCAUGAUGUUAUGACAAAAUUGCAACCCCAAAAGAAGGAGCUCGACUUGCUAAUUGUGAUACUUCCGGACAAUAAUGGGUCCCUUUAUGGUGAUCUGAAGCGUAUAUGCGAAACGGAUCUAGGCAUUGUCUCUCAGUGUUGCCUUCAAAAGCAUGUUUAUAAGAUGAGCAAACAGUAUCUGGCAAAUGUAGCUCUCAAGAUUAACGUGAAAGUUGGCGGGAGGAAUACUGUGCUUGUUGAUGCAAUCUCUAGACGUAUACCACUCGUCAGUGAUCGGCCGACUAUCAUUUUUGGUGCUGAUGUCACUCAUCCUCAUCCCGGAGAGGAUUCUAGUCCAUCCAUUGCUGCUGUUGUUGCAUCUCAGGAUUGGCCCGAAAUCACGAAAUAUGCAGGCUUGGUUUGUGCUCAGGCCCAUAGGCAGGAGCUCAUCCAAGACCUGUAUAAAACCUGGCAAGAUCCAGUCAAGGGGACUAUGCAUGGUGGCAUGAUAAAGGAAUUGCUUAUUUCAUUCCGUCGGGCUACUGGACAGAAACCUCAGCGAAUUAUUUUCUAUCGUGAUGGUGUGAGUGAAGGGCAAUUCUAUCAAGUUCUGCUUUACGAACUCGAUGCUAUACGCAAGGCAUGCGCCUCGUUGGAGCCGAACUAUCAGCCUACCGUCACAUUUGUUGUGGUUCAAAAGCGUCAUCACACGAGACUGUUUGCUAACAACCACAAAGACAGGCAGGCAGUUGAUAGAAGCGGGAAUAUUCUGCCUGGUUGUAAUAUACAGACAAAUGGGACUAGCCGUCCGGCUCAUUACCAUGUUCUGUGGGAUGAAAACAAAUUUUCUGCUGAUGCUCUUCAAAGUCUUACCAAUAACCUCUGCUACACAUAUGCUAGGUGCACCCGCUCUGUUUCAAUCGUGCCUCCUGCAUACUACGCACAUUUGGCUGCUUUUCGUGCACGUUUCUACAUGGAGCCUGAGACAUCAGACAGCGGCUCGAUGACGAGCAGCUCGGUGGCCGGUCGAGGUGCAGCCGUGAGGAGCACGCGGGUCCCGGGAUCCAAUGCAGCCGUGAGACCCCUUCCUCAGCUUAGGGAUAACGUCAAGAGAGUGAUGUUCUACUGUUAAACAACAGAAAUGAAUCUGCUUGUCUUGUUUCUUUUCUGUUGUUCUUAUCUUUUGGUNUUUAAUGACUUUGUGACAUUUGGUUCUGUUGGUGGUGUUGUGUUUGCUUUU